AUGGGCCAUUGCGUCUACCGUGCCAACUGUCCCCAGGACGUAGGGCCCCCAUGCUCAGAUUCCGGCGGCUGUCCCGAAGGCGCCGCCUUGUUUUUUUUUUACCUUGAUACUUCCAUAAACUUAAUAUCGGCGUUGUCAGCUACGGUUCCCUGGCCCAGAUCCAUCCGACGUGGUAGUCUUGGGGGCGAAGCCUCCGCGGUGUCAUUGCUAAACAUCGAGAAGAGAAGGCAUGCUGUGGUCGCCCUGAUCAGUCCCGUCUUUCCUAUUUUCGCUCACAAUACGUACAUCGAUUCUAAUGGGGAAAUAGUCCUGCGUCUUUAUCCGUCUGUACCUGUCAACUCGAGAGAGGCCAUACGACUUACAACGUUGCCUGUAGGUGGCGGGCCCGACGGCAAGUCUCCGGUCCUCGUCAGGCCAGGCGAGGGAGUUGGGUACUGCGUAUAUGCUAUACACCGCCGCAAAGACAUCUACGGCAAGGACGCCGAGGAAUUUCGCCCUGAGCGUUGGGAAGGUGAUUCUCUAAGGGAUAUUGGAUGGGCAUAUCUACCAUCUAACAGAGGGCCGAGAUUGUGCUUAGGUCGUAAAAAGCCCUCUGUAAAGCCCUAUUGUUUUUUUCACAGUGACGGUCAAACUGCCACCGAGUCUGUCUUAUCUCUGGCCCUUCUACCUCGAAACGCGAACGCUGCUCUACAUUGGCUCUCAAAAACAGACAAGAAAUGGCUUCUUAUCAUCGAUAAUGCCAAUGACUUGAGAGUACCUUUGGAGAAUUAUUUUUCCAAGGGAAGACCUGGACACAUUCUCAUGGCGACCCGAAAUCCGGCGCUGAAAAUACACGCCAACACCGGACCAGAAUUCUAUAAUGUCAGCGUGAUGGGUUUCAAGGAGACCAAGAGCCUACUGCGGCAGUCUUUCGGCGUUCCUGCACCAUCUGAAGAUGCUAUCCUGUUGCUCCAAGUCUUUACCUUUUUCCACAGAGAAAAUCUUUCGCCGGAGAUAUUUCAAAGGCCUUGCGAAACUUGUAGAUUGAGUUAG